CCGACCAGCCCAGAUAGGAUCACUCAUUCCUCCUCCCUCGAAGAGUUACGACCUGCCGUGCCUCCUCCGCGGACGACUGUUGGUCUCUCUGGGUCUGCUGGAGGAGUUACCACCACGGGGCACCACCAAUUCUCUCCCUCUCUCUCUCUCUCUCUCUCUCUCUCCCGAGUCUUUGGUUGUAACUCCCGUCAGCUUUCUGGAUUUAUAGUCGGGACUUGACGUGAGAAAGACAUGGAGAAAAUGGCCAGACAACUGUCCCCCUCCAACGGCGUCCUGAAGUCCUUGCUGGAGAACCCGCUCAAGCUGCCCUUCCAGCACGACGGAGGGCUCUGCAAGGAUAAGGAAAAGGAGAAGAAACUUGAGGAUGAGGGCGGUGCCGGCCCCCAGUCGGCCUUCCUGGGGCCCACGCUGUGGGACAAGACGCUGCCGUAUGACGGGGACAACUUCCAGCUGGAGUACAUGGACCUGGAGGAGUUCCUGUCGGAGAACGGUAUCCCCGCCAGCUCAGCGCAGCACGCAGAGCAGCAGGGGGGCCCAGGGGCCACCCCGGGGCCCCAGCGUGAGGGCCACCAUCCCCAGUCUGCCCGGGCCCUCGAGGCCCCUGGAACACAUGCAGAAGAGCAGCAUCGCAG